AUGUUGUGCAAAACGCUUGCAUUGGUAGCACUGGUGCACACUAUCGGUGCCUUCGAGUCGGAAGCGCCCGUAGAUUUCAGUCACCAUAAGAUCGUCAGAAUUCACCCAAAAUUUGUUUGGGAUUUGCAGCGAUUGCAACGACUCGAGAAUGUCUUUGAUUCUAUGCUUCACCAGCAGUUAUUGAAGGUUUGUCACUACGACGAGGAAAAGGCCGAGAACUUGAGGAAUAUAAUGUAUAGCACCAGAGCUUUCGAUUACGACACUGUAUAUCACACCUACGAUGAGAUCAGGGAUGAAAUGAGACGAGUUGAUGACGAAGGCAAAGAUAUUCCCGGCCUUAUCAUCACAAACCCUGGCGGAGCCGCUAAGAAAGCCAUAUUCCUGGAGUGCGGAAUUCACGCCAGAGAAUGGAUUUCAACGGCUGCCUGUCUGUGGAUAUCAAACCAAUUGGUGACGACCACUACUUACGAUAAUCUUCUCGAUAAAUACGAAUUUAUAAUCGUCCCAACGCUUAACGUCGACGGUUAUAUCUACACUCACACCACAAACAGGAAUUGGCGUAAAACUCGAUCCCAGAAUGGCCUGUGCUAUGGAGCGGAUCCUAACAGAAAUUGGGACGCCGCCUUCUGCCAAACGGGCGCUUCUAGCAGUCCCUGCAGUGAUACCUAUUGCGGGAAAUCAGUCUUUUCUGAAUCCGAAGCCAAAGCGAUGGCAGAUUUGGUCGCAACGAAAGCCGCCAAUACGGCCGCCUAUGUCUCGGUUCACAGCUAUAGUCAGCUAUGGAUGUAUCCGUGGGGUUACAAGUCUGCUAACCCACCAAACAAAGCUAGAUUGGAUGAAUUGUCCGCCGCUGGUGUGGCCGCUAUUAAAGCCACAGAUGGCCGCAAUUUCAAAUACGGAACUAUCGCUAACACUAUUUACGUGGCUUCGGGUUCGAGCAUUGAUUACGUUUACGAUAAACUGGGCGUUCAAAUAGCUUUUGCUCUGGAGUUGAGACCCGAUGCGAACGCUUCCAAUGGCUUUAUAUUACCCGCGUCUCAGAUUAAGAUCGCUUCACAAGAGUUCUGGAAUGGAUUACGAGCUAUGAUUGAGAAGUUAUAA